AUGGCUGACCAAAACCAGUACACGCCGGACAAGUUGGCCCAGGACAUGGCCAAUGCCAACGUCUCUGCCCAGGCAGGCCAGUACAACCCAAAUGCUGCCCAGGCGUUUGUGCCGCAAGGCGGCUACAGCCAGUACCAGAACUACCAAGGCCAAGGCUAUAAUCAGGGCCAAGGCUAUAAUCAGGGCCAGGGAUACAACCAGUACCAGAAUUACCAACAGGGUAACAAGGGCGGGUACAACAACCAGUACAACCAGUACAACAACCAGUAUAACCAGUACACCCCUCCGAACGGCCAGUUCGGAAACCAGUACACCAACCAGUCCUACAGCGGCUACCAGCAGCAGCCCCAGCAGGCCCAAGGCAUGUCCUUGGCCGACUACCAGAAGCAGCAGGGCGCGUCGCUGGCGAGUUUGAACAAGCCCAAGAAAACCUUGAAGUUGGCCUCGCUGGCGGGCAUCAAGUUGGCCAACGCCUCCAAGCCUGCAGAGAAGAAGCCGGAGCCCAAGGACGAGGCCAAACAGCAGCCCGCCCCGGCCGCAGAGCCGAAAGCAGAGGCCCUGAAAGAGGCGCUCAAGGAGCCCAAGAAAGAGGCCUCGAAAGAGGCUGCAGACGCCAAGCCUGCAUCCAAGCCCAAGGCCGCCAAGCCGGCCUCCCUGGGCUCCAAAUCCGCCGUCUCCACCAAAGAGCUGACGCCCGUGCCGACCGCGGACGCCGUGGCCAAGGCGCAGGAAGACGAGGUCGACGAGGAGGUCGUCAAGGACUUGUUUGGCGGCAAGGAUCACGUGUCGAUCAUCUUCAUGGGCCACGUGGAUGCAGGCAAGUCCACCAUGGGCGGCAACAUCUUGUACUUGACCGGCGCCGUCGACAAGAGGACCGUCGAGAAAUACGAGCGUGAGGCCAAGGAUGCCGGAAGACAGGGUUGGUACUUGUCCUGGGUCAUGGACACCAACAAGGAAGAGAGAUCCGACGGUAAGACCAUUGAGGUCGGCAAGGCCUACUUCGAGACGGACAAAAGACGCUACACCAUCUUGGACGCGCCCGGACACAAGAUGUACGUGUCGGAAAUGAUCGGCGGAGCCUCGCAGGCCGACGUGGGAAUCUUGGUCAUUUCCGCCAGAAAGGGUGAGUACGAGACCGGCUUCGAGAAGGGCGGCCAGACAAGAGAGCACGCGUUGUUGGCCAAGACCCAGGGCGUCAACAAGAUGGUUGUCGUUGUCAACAAGAUGGACGACCCCACCGUGGAAUGGUCCGAGGAGCGGUACAAGGACUGUACGACCAAGCUCGGCCAGUUCUUGAAGAGCAUUGGCUACGCUAAAGACGACAUCAUCUACAUGCCCGUGUCCGGGUACACGGGCGCGGGCUUGAAGGACCGCAUCUCCAAGGACGUGUGUCUGUGGUACGACGGGCCUUCGUUGCUCGAGUUCUUGGACAACAUGAAGACGGUCAAUCGUCACAUCAACGCGCCCUUCAUGUUGCCUAUUUCAGGUAAAAUGAAAGACAUGGGCCUUGUUGUCGAGGGUAAGGUCGAGUCCGGCCACAUCAAGAAAAACGGCUCCUUGUUGAUGAUGCCUAACAGAUCGUCCGUAGAGGUUGUGACCAUCUACAACGAGACUGAGCAAGAAUGUGACGCCGCAUACUGCGGUGAGCAGAUCAGAUUGAAGCUCAAGGGCGUUGAGGAAGAGGACGUGCAGCAAGGUUACGUCUUGACCUCCCCCAAGAACCCUGUCAAGACCGUGACACGCUUCGAGGCGCAAAUCGCCAUUGUCGAGUUGAAGUCCAUUUUGUCCAACGGCUUCUCAUGUGUCAUGCACUUGCACACAGCCAUCGAGGAGGUCAAGUUCAUUGAGUUGAAGCACAAGUUGGAGAAGGGUACCAACAGAAAGUCCAAAAAGCCACCCGCGUUUGCCAAGAAGGGUAUGAAGGUUAUUGCUAUCUUGGAGGCCAGCGAGGCUGUGUGCGCUGAGACGUACAACGACUAUCAGCAAUUGGGUAGAUUCACCUUGAGGGACCAAGGCUCUACCAUUGCUAUUGGUAAGAUCACCAAGUUGUUAUAA